AUGGCGGACAAACCCCUCAAAUCUGCCUGCCAUUGUGGCGCCAUCACCGUGAUCGUGCCUCGCCAACCAGAGGAAAUCAACGAAUGCCAAUGUACAAUCUGUCGUCGCUACGCAGCCGCUUGGGGAUACUAUAAAGUGGACGAGGUCAAAUUCGACAUGAAAGAAGGCGCCAAAGUCUCCAAGUAUGUUUGGGGAGAUAAAGAGAAAUCGUUCGAUUUCUGCGAGAAUUGUGGAUGCGUAUGUUAUUGGUGGCCGUUUGAGUUGAAGAACCCAGACGGUACUGCAGCUGACUGCGGCGUUAAUACGAGGAAUAUGGAUCCCUUGGAAAUCUAUCACGUCAACCGCAAGAUUGAAAGAGCCUGGGUGUUUGCGCCCAUCAACAAUAAGGACAUGGCGCAUGCGGAGGAUCAGGCCAAGUACUGA